AUGAUACAGCAAGCUCGAAAACUCUCUGAGGAGUAUGAGAUACUGGAUGUUUUAGGGAGAGGAGGAUUCUCAGUAGUCAGAAAAGGUAUUAGUAAGUCAAGGAGGGAGAAAAAAGAAGUAGCCAUUAAAACACUAAGAAGGAUUGGGCCAUCAACUUUCUCAGGAUUUCCACCAAACCGCAAUGCCCUCAAGAGCGUUUCUUCCAUGGUUCCUACAAGAAAAUCCAUGAUUUCUGAUGCCUUGCUUACAAAUGAGAUUUUGGUGAUGAGGAAGAUAGUUGAGAAUGUCUCACCUCAUGAAAAUGUGAUUGAUCUUUACGACGUGUAUGAAGAUUCGAAUGGGGUUCACUUGGUGUUGGAGCUUUGUUCUGGAGGCGAGCUUUUCGAUAGGAUUGUGGCUCAAACAAGGCACACGGAAGCAAAAGCAGCUGAAGUUGUGAGACAGAUUGCCAGUGGUUUGAAGGCUCUUCAUGAGGCUAAUAUCAUACAUAGGGACUUGAAACCUGAAAACUGUUUGUUUCUCGACGAAAGCCAGGAUUCUUCCUUGAAAAUCAUGGACUUCGGAUUAAGUUCCGUGGAGGAAUUCACUGACCCAGUUGUUGGAUUGUUUGGUUCCAUUGAUUAUGUCUCACCAGAAGCUCUUUCCCAAGGAACGAUUACCUCCAAAAGUGACAUGUGGUCUCUGGGUGUGAUCUUGUAUAUCCUUCUCUCUGGGUACCCACCUUUUCUUGCUCAAUCCAAUCGCCAAAAGCAGCAACUGAUAAUGGCUGGAGACUUUAGUUUCCAUGAGAAAACUUGGAAGACCAUUUCUUCUUCAGCUAGACAACUGAUUUCAAGUCUGCUGACAGUUAACCCUCAGGAGAGACCCAGUGCCCAAGAGGUAUGAAAUCAAAGCUUCUAGAGCAUCCAUGGGUCAUGGGCAACUCAGCCAAACAAGAUCAAAUGGAUGCUGAGAUUGUAUCACGACUAAAGAGCUUCAAUGCCCGACGGAAACUUCGAGCUG